ACUUUCUUCAUCAAAUUGCCCAGCUCCCCCAAUCCUACCUUCGCACCCCACCACCCACCCCACCACAACCACCCAACGAUGUCGUCAACCCUCCGCAACGCCGUGCAACGGCGUAACCACAAGGAGCGGUCGCAGCCCGCCGAGCGCGCGAAAUACGGUCUCCUCGAGAAACGCAAAGACUACCAACUGCGUAGCCGCGACUUCAAUGCGAAAAAAGCGAAAAAAGCCGCCCUCACCCGGCUGGCCAAGGAACGCAAUCCCGAUGAAUUCUACCACGCGAUGACGAGCGCCCGGACGCGAGACGGCGGAGUCCGAGUCGCCGACAGGGAUACGGCAAAGGUGUUGACGCCCGGGGAGGUCAUGCUGCUGAAGACGCAGGAUGCUGGGUACUUGCGCGUGCAGAGGGAUAGGGAGAGGAGAGCCAUUGAGAGCUUGGAGGGGAGGCUAGCGUUUGAGGCUGAGGGGAAGCACACGGUUUUUGUGGAGGAGGUGGAGCAGGCGAGGAAGUUCAAGCCCGAAGAGUUCUUUGGGACGCAUGAGGACCUGGUGGAUAGGAGGUUUAAUCGCCCGAGGAUUGAGCAGUUGGCGGAGGGCGGGUUUGGGGAGGAUGUGGUGAAGGGAGGGGAGGAUCCGGAGGAGGCGGAGGCCAGGAGGAGGGCUGAGAAGAGGGAGAGGAGUAAGCUUGCGAAGGGACGGGAGCAGGCGUACAAGGAGCUGGAGGCGAGGAUGAAAAGGGAGAAGGAUUUGAAGAAGCUCGAGCGAGAGCAGGAGAUGCAGAGGGCGAGGAUGGUCAAGGGAGGAAACGCCACCAUUAACAAGCACAACAAGGUCCGGAAACGGUAGUGGUUAUGACCGUCUUGGGUGGCAGGCGUCUGGGGGUCAAAAGUGAUUUUUCUUGAGCGAUAAAGAUUCUGUACGGUGACCCGGUCUGAUAAUGGAAGCUCAUCUGAAAAAAGCAAACGCUGGUAUGUCUUACAAUACACAAUGAUUAU